GGAUGCAUUGACGCCCUUUUACCCGAAGCCAAAUUUACCCACUUGAUUGUAGAACGGCACUUGCGGUAAACCUGUCCACACAGCCCCCCCAGCGCCGCCCCUUCAACACUCACAAUGUGUUGCCUCAAAGCGUGUUGAUAUUCGCCCAAGGUUCAGUAAUUCUCGUGGUGUCCGGGUAGGUGUCCUCUAUUUUUGCAUUGCUCAUCGAGGCUUCUACCAAUUGCUCUGUGUCUGUCGGCAGUCGCAGUGGUUGAGUCUCUGAGUCUGAGCGACAAUUGUGGGGCUUGAUGACCUGUGUUGCGCGUUGAAGUGGAACAAUCGUUGUUGGUUGUUGGUUGUUGUCGUACAGCUUCGAAGCAGAGAAGUGCUGUGGGGACAUUGUCGCGGUGUUUUUGGGGGUGAUCGGUGAUGUUGCUGUGUUGAGGACGUGUUGUUGUUCCGAGCGUUGAGCUUAGAGUGCUUGCGCAGUUCGCGUCUGUGAAUUUUGAGUAUACUUUAUUGAGAAGUCCACAUAGCUUGCCGCACUGGCUGUUGUCGCUUUGGGAAGGUUUGGACUCCGAAUAGUGCUCUGCGUCGUGAGAUCACCUGUGUACAGUCUCCUCAUACAGCUUCAUCUUUUCGUUUUAUGGUUUUCUUUCUGCUUCAUGCCCCUCACUCCGCUAUCACAUCCCUGAGCUUCGGGUUGGCCAUCGGCUAACUUCACUGCGACAACAUUUUUCUGAACUGGUCCGUCGUGAAUCGAGGAUUACAGAGCACUAGAUUUUCUAUGUGUUGUUAAUUUGUCACGGUAGCACAAAGAAUUUGUUUGACAGAGGGUUUAUUGCAAUCUCUCCCCGUUAAUGCCAAGUUUUGCUUGGGGAUAUUCUAGCGAAAUCAACACGCUUUGAGGGCUUGAGCAGCGCUUGUCCUACAAUGGCGAGAUGGCUGGUGGGAACCGCACACGGUGCCAUAUUCGAGCAGGGUAAUCAAGUCACUGCGCUGUUAUCAAUGGUCAUCGUCUUUUUCGUCUGCUUGACGAUGGUAGUGGGCUUGUGCGCUGCGCACGGCAACCCUCAAGUGCUUAACCGAGACUCGGAGCCCGAAGUCGAACAUGCGGUCGAGACCAGUAAAGGUAGUCAGCGUUUCGGCCCCUUUGAAAUCAAGUCCAAGCUGGGAUCCUUCCGAAAAUCGUCCUUCCGAAAUCCCACCAGCUUUCGACACUCGGGCUCCUUCAGAAUUGAUUGCAAGUCUCAGGUGGAUGUGGUGGACGCCUUUCAGGGAGGUCACACAGUGGAGGAAGAUCCGAAUGCAGAGCCCGCGGUGUGGCAAAGAUCGAUCCUGCGCGGUGAGCGUUGCGCUCCUCUCGCAUUCUCGGGACUCAUUUUAUACGACGACAAGGGCAAUCCCUUGAACCCGGACUUGGUGAACAACUCAAGAUCGAUAGCGUCGCGCUAACUAGCAAAUUCAUGUUUUUAUCGGUUCUACCGGCCGUCUUUGUGCACAUAUAAGACUGGCGACUCCUUCGCUGAGAUUCGGAGCUCAAUCAUGCAACACGAGCGAUAAAUUUGACCGAUGUAGCGUUUGAACCCACAAAGUAGAGGUUAGAGAAUCAAAUAGAGCCUUUUGUAGCACCGCACGUGCGACUCCAAGGUUGUGGCACAAUUCCAUGAAGACUGACACACUGCUGCGAAUACAACGAUCGUAGAUUGUAUAUCUGUGUAUCUGUACGCUGACAUAAUUGCCAAAGUGACGGGGUUUUUUUCGUUGAUAUGAGAGGGACAAGUUGGAUCGAUGAUUGGUAGUUUGGCAGAACCAUGUCACAAACCAACUGAAUGCCGGGAUGAACGGAUUUGCUAUUGAAA